GCGCACAAAGUUGACGUUCCAUAUUAAAGCGCACGCAGCGAACGUCUUCCGUCGUCCGGGUCGACCACAGAAGGAGCGACGACGAGGAAGGUGAAGAAAGACGGCUCCGGCUUGGCAAGAAGAAAAAGCGAUGGCCGUUGGAGACCCGAACGAUGCGUCUCAUGCGCUCCUGUUGCGCUUGUUCCAAUCAGAGUUCUUCAGCCCACACCUGGCCCUUUCAUAUCUCAGGACGUAUUCCGACAGCAUCGGAAUCACCUACUACCUCGUCGAUCAGCUCCAAACCGCCUUUGAGCCUGCAGAGGUUGAAUUCUACUGGGCCCAAUUCUGUCACCUUCUCAUUACCAAACCGUCUCCGUCUCGCGCGCUCGAGUACUUUGUCCUGCAGCGAUGCGAGGAGUCUGUCCAUGUUGCGCUUCUGACGCUCUGGUUCUUUCAAGCCUCCCUCUAUGACCUCAGCAGCAACCCACACACAGACUCUUUCCAAAUCUGCCAGAGAGUUUUCAAUCAAUGUCAACGCAUCCUCUACGACGACCCACUGGCGGCCACCGAUGUUGUGUCGGCUUCCAACUCCGUCGUAGGCAGCUCUACCAAGAUCGGGUUUCGACGCCGCCUGAAAAUUAAAGCACGGGCUAGGCUAGGCGACAAGAUCCUGCCGUCCAACGUACUUCCAUGCGUCGUGGGUAUCGGUGCUGUCGUUGCAAGCGUGCCUGGCAUGCCUGCAUUGGCGCCCUUCGUGGGUCAAUUCGCAAUCGAGCAAGGGAGAAGAAGACCUCAAGGCAAGGACAAGGCGCCGCUCGAGGGGUCAGGCAUGCAGAGGAUUGCCGUCGGAGACGACGCGAAUGAAUCGGAUGAGGAGCACAACAUCAACGAUGACGACGACGAUGACGACGAAGAUGACGAAGAUGACGACGACGACGACGAGCAAGAAGUUCACGACGAUAGCAGGGAGGAAGACGGCAAGGGCGAGGAGCAGAGUCGUGAGAGUCGCGAUGCCGCCGCGCAGAAAGCUCGUGGCCAUACCAUGAGCCCUCGUUCUACCACACCUGCUCCUGUAGCGAUCGAGGAGCAAGGAGCCGAACCUGGCGAGCUCGAGGGCGUCGCAUCAGGUUCAGGACAGCAUUCAUUCACGUCGCCCUUGAGAUCUUCAACCAAUGCAAUGUCACCGCAAUCCACGAAGUCUGCCUUCGCAUCCUCGACUGGAUCAGGUGGAUACAAUGGUGGCAUUCUGGACAAGAGCGGCAAAGGCAAUGCCAAUCCGCUCAUGAACUUCACAUCACAGUUCAAUGAGCUUCGUGGCAAGGCGACAGCAGCCGUCAACGACGUCUUUGGGCAGACAUUCGGCGUUGAUUUCGCUCAAGGCGCUGCUUCCUCAUCCAGGAGUAGCCCUCUUCCCCCGCCUGCGUGGCAUCCACAACGCAACAGGAAGCGGACUGGAAGGAAAUCCACCUCGGUCCGAGAGCAGACGUCAAAAUCGAUGAUGAGCCUUGCAGGCAACUCUCGCCAUUCGCUCUCGACAUCGCCUUUUGCCUCAUCGGCCACCCUGGGCGAUGACGGCGCAGUGGCAACACCUGACAUGGUGUUGGCGCAGUACGAUGAGGAAGCACGGAGGCGGCUGCUUCGAUCCAAUUACUGUCGCAAACAGACGGACUUCUUGCAGGCGCUCCAGGACAUCUCAGCACGUCUACUGCUCAUCCCCAAGCCUGCCAGGCUGUCAGCGCUGCGCGCUGAACUCACUGCUCUCAAUCAUCAGUUGCCGUCGGAGGUCUGCUUUCCGCUGUGGUGCAAGGCUGAGGAGGCAAACGAUGGCCAAGAGACACGAUCCAACAUGCCAGAGCAGCAGCAGCAACGCGCUGACAAGGGUGCCACGCAGCGGAAGCGGGGACGGCAUCACCGCGUCGUACGAAUCAAUCCAAGCGAAGCUGUCGUCCUCAAUUCGGCAGACCGCGUCCCCUUUUUGCUCCACGUCGAAGUCCUCGACAACGACCUCGACUUUGACCCCAAUCGAAGGCAGAACCGCGAGGGCCUCAAGACUCUCGUGAUGCAGGAAGACGUUCGGAGGCGAAAGAUGCUCAUGUCGAGAAACUUUUCUGGUUCGGGCAUGGAUGUGUCCAAACACGAUGACGCUGUGCAGGGCUCGUCGGACUCGGCAACGGUCGCGGAGAGGGAGAAGAGCAAAGUCGGGAUAGACAAGGGCUCUUCAUCGUCGCCCACUCAUAAGCCUGAGACCCUUGCUGUCGAGCAGAGCUCCUCAAAUGGGGCACUGAGGCCACCCAGUCCACUCGCCAGAUCCCUUCCCGCGCAAUCACAGCCUCUGACACCAAAAGGAGCCGAAGAGGAUGAAGAGAUCGACCUCACCGAGCAGGCGUAUGGCGAGGAUCUAGCGGCAUUCGGGGAGGAGCGAGUAGAAAGCGAAAGCGAAGACGACGAUCUCUCGCGCAUGAAUCUGAGCCACGACACGGCCGCCUGGUCGCAUGCACGCGGAGGAGGCUCAGUGGCGCCGGCUCCGGCUGCCCUAACAGGACAAAAGGCGGCGCAAGCGAAGCGUGAUUUCUCCCUCGACGAGUAUUCGGAAAGGAUGCGGACAGCAGCGGUGAUGCUUGCCCAGCUCAACCAGAGCACAAAUGCCUCGGCGCAUCCGAUUGCCAAUUCCAACCCGCAUGUGAGCUCCACCGCACAGGGGGGCUGGAGUAGCUGGAUCAUAGGUACCAGCUGGGCUUCAGGAGCGCAACCGGGAGGCUUGAGCGAGGUGGGCCAAGGCAGUGCGGGGGUCAAAGCGCCUUUGCCCAAUGGGCUAGGUACUAGCGGGAGCUCCACCAACCUCGGCAGUGGCGCGGCUUCCUCCGGUGGGGCAGGAGCAGGAGGUACCAAUGAUGGCAGUGGUGGUGGCGGUAGCGGCAGUGGCAGCGGCGGAGCACGGCAGGGAGCCCUUGCUGCGGCCGUGCCAGCAAAGGGCGGCAAGAAGCUGAUGCACACAGAUACCGAGAUGAUCCGCAAGCGCAUCAUGCAGGAGAUGAUGGCGUUGGAGGAGGAAAGAAUGGAGCGCAUGAAGGCCAAUCCAGGGAGUCGACGUCGCAACGGUGUCAAUGUCGAGGACGAAGCAACCGUGCAGCGGGCCGUCAACAAAGACGAUCCAUCGGCAGCCAUGUUUCGAGAAUCGUGGGCGGCCAAAAAGGCUCGAAUCCGAGCUGCGAGUCCGUACGGUCAUUACGAAUCGUGGGACGUGUUCUCCGUCAUCGUCAAGACAGGUGCCGACCUGCGCCAGGAGCAACUGGCAGUCCAGCUUAUCCAAGAAUUCUCGAGAAUUUGGGCAGAGACUGGCUGUCGAUGCUGGGUGCGAUACUUCCGGAUCCUUGUCACGAGUGAGAAUUCAGGCAUCAUGGAGACUGUGACAGAUUCGGUGUCUGUCCAUUCCAUCAAAAAGGAGGCGUAUUCGCGGAAUUCGCUCCUGGCCAACAACGGUGAUCAGCCGGGCCAGCCAAAUGGGGGCAAGAUCGCCACAUACAGCCUGUGGGACCACUACCUGCACAGCUUUGGUGAUGCAUCUUCGGCCAAGCUGAAUCGGGCGCGUGAUCGCUUCAUGGAGAGCCUCGCGGGCUACUCGAUCAUCUCGUAUCUGCUUCAGAUCAAGGACCGGCACAAUGGCAACAUUCUCGUCGAUGGCGAUGGCAGGCUGAUUCACAUUGACUUUGGCUUCAUGCUCGGCAUUAGUCCUGGCGGCGUCGGUUUUGAAGCGGCGCCGUUCAAGCUCACCCAGGAGUACAUCGACAUUCUCGGUGGGCUCGAGUCUGAACGCUUUGCCCAAUUCAAGAAUUUGGUCAAGCAGGGCUUCCGAGACGUUCGAAAGCACGCCGAACGCAUCAUUACCAUCGUCGAGCUGAUGCAGAAGGACUCGAAGCUGCCGUGCUUUGCGCUGGGUGAGCUCACGGCAACAUACCUCCGCGACCGCUUCCAGCUCGCCCUGAGUCAGUCGCAGUGUGACGACUUCGUCGAUCGUCUAAUUCUGGGCUCGGUCAACUCGACAUUUACCAGACUCUACGACCAAUACCAGUACUACAGCGAGGGCAUUCUUUCCUGAUCUUUCUCCUCAGCUGCCCUUCUCCCCGGCUUGCUUGUAAUUUGAUUGAAGGCCUUGGUAGCAAGCCCAAAGGAAUCAAUGCUGCUCUUCUGUUG